AUGACGGAGAGAACAACACGUGCCAGGGAUAAAGCGCUAACUAAGCGGGAAAGUCUGUUAAUGAGUAUUCGGCAUACUUAUACGUUAGGCACGGCAGCAGUAAAAGAGAAAAAGGAUGUGGGACAAUUUUUAAUGAUGGCUGCUGACAUCGACGCCCUCUGGGAAGCAUUUUUAGUUGAAAAUGAAGCAGUACUAGACGCUAUGAUUGAACUUAACGAGUUGGACAAAUUUAAGCCUGAAUUGGAGCCGGAGAUUCGAGCGUUGGUCCGCAGCGUAUCCGCUAUGAGAGCUGAGGUAGAACAAGAUGGCAUGGCAGUCAGGAGCAAUUCAAAUGGUAUUCAGGAAGGAAUUCAAAACACUGUGGUACCAUCUAUCGCUUUUCCUCAGGCUUCCACUUUGUCAAAUGGCGUUAUAAGAGAUCCAAAACUUCCAACCAUACCGCUACCUAGGUUUGGUGGUAAAUUAGAUGAAUGGUCGGCAUUUAGUGGGCGUUUUGAGUCUCAAGUUGUUCAGCACAAUGAAUUAAAUAAUGAAGAGAAAUAUUUCUAUUUAAUGGGUUGCUUAUAUGGAGAAGCAGAAGAAAUUACAAAGGGUUAUCAUCUAUCGACCAAUAGCUUCACUCUUGCUUGGGCGGCAUUGGAAGACAGAUACAAUAAACCGCGUCAAUUAGCCAAUUCUUUGGUGGAAAGAUUGCUUAAUAUGACACGUGUGGGACAAGAAACGGUUGUUCAUCUCAAUGAGUUCUUAAAGGUGUUUGAAGAUUCCAUAGCACUAUUACACACUCUUCCUAUACCUGACGUGGGUGACUUUGUGUUGUUUACAUUAGGAAUGAGGUGCUUACCAAUAGGUUGUAGAAAAGUUUUUGAAUCCGAAUGUGGUGGUAGCUUUCCAUCGGUCGAGGACUUAAUUACAUUUGUGAAGGAACGAGCAAGAAUCCUGGAAAACGUGGGAAUUCAAUCAGCAGAUAAUAAAACCACGGACAAUAAAUACAAAUAUGGCAAAUUUAAUUACAAUAAGCAAUCAUUCACAUCCAAAACUGCUCUUAUUGCUCGCCAAACUGGUACCAAGGUGAAUAAUUUGGUUAAAUGUUAUGUUUGUGAUGCCCAUCACAAUUUACCAGAUUGCGAUAAAUUUAAGUCUUUGACAGUUGCUGAGCGCUUCUCCAUUGUUAAGGCUCAUCGGUUGUGUUUUAUCUGCCUUUCUAGUCAACAUUUAGCUUUGAAAUGUAAAGCUGCUAAAUGUAAUAAAUGUUCUUUUCGUCAUCAUUCGCUGCUGCAUCGACUUGCUACAGAAGUACCUUAUCAAGCAGACAACAGUCCUGCCACCCUGAUGGGUUCCCUGCCACAUACAAUGGUGGUGUUAGGCACUGCUCUUGCUCAUGCCCGUGAUUGUUGGGGUAAUUCGCAAAUUGUCAGAGUUUUGAUUGAUUCGGCUUCUCAGAUUAGUAUCAUAACUGCCGGAUGUGUAGAGCGUUUGGGACUCAGUCGUACUCGUUGGACCGCUCCUAUCUCUGGCUUGUCGGGAGUUAAUGUGCCUGGUAUAGAUGGUGUAGCUCAUUGUACUUUAACCCCUCGGCAUGCUGAUGAGCCGAAAUUACAAUUUAAGGCAUGGAUAUUACCCAAAAUCACAGGAGAAAUGCCUCACGGACCGUUGACUCCAGACAUUCAGAACAAGUAUUCUCAUUUAGCAUUAGCCGAUCCUCAGUUUUAUAAGCCAGGUCCCGUGGAUAUGUUAAUCGGAGCAGAUUUAUUCCCUGCAGUCAUGGAUGGUAAACGUGUUGUGGUUAACGAAAGGAUGCCAACAGCAUUCGGCUCGGUGUUUGGUUGGGUUCUUAUAGGAGAAGAUCGCUCUACAAUUACACCAGCAGACCAACAGCUUUCAAUGGUAUCUUGCUUUCAUGUAUCCUUGGAGCAAUUGAUGGGAAGGUUCUGGGCAAUAGAGGAACCGGAGGAGGCUCCAAUGCAAUUUACAGAUGAAGGACACUGUGAAGAUAUUUUUCAAAAUGAAGUGGACCGGGCGGAAGAUGGAAGAUUUAUCGUGCCACUACCUUUGAGAAAUGGUUAUUCGCCUGAGUUAUUUGCUGACUCGAAGCAAAUAGCUAUUAAGAGGUUUCUGCAACUUGAGAAUAAGUUAUCCCGAGAUAAAAUGUUAGCCGAACAUUAUCAGGCCUUUAUGCAAGAAUAUGAAGCACUAAAUCACAUGUCCGUUGCUAAAGAACCCGGUGUAUAUUUCAUUCCCCACCAUGGGGUGUGUAAAAUGGUUGAAGAUAAAUUGAAAUUGCGGGUCGUAUUCGAUGGGUCGGCUCGUGGUGUAUCCGGUAAAUCACUCAAUGAUCUUCUGUAUCCAGGACCAAAGCUCCAGCAAGAUGUAGUAGACGUGUUGAUCGGGUUCCGUUCUUAUCGAGUUGUUUUUACGGCCGACAUUUGUAAAAUGUACAGACAGUUCUGGAUCCAUAAAAAAUAUCGGCCUCUACAACAUAUUUUGUGGCGUUCUUCCCCUAAGGAAGAAUUAAAAGAAUAUGAAUUAAAUACUGUCACUUAUGGAUUAAACUGCGCCCCUUAUUUAGCUUUAAGAGUUCUCAAGGAGAUAGCGAUGGAGGUUCAGGAUGAAGAGCCUGAUAUAAGUAGAGCUUUGCAAAGCUCCACUUAUAUGGAUGACAUCUGUACAGGAGCUCAAACCUUGGAAGAAGCUAAACGUCUACGUGACGCCUUAGUUCAUGUGUUGGCAAAGAGUGGUUUAGAGUUGAAGAAAUGGUCAUCAAAUUACAAAGAAGUUUUGGCUGGAAUUCCUGUUGAAGACCAAUCGGAUAUGUUGGAUAUUGCGGUCUCAGACGGAGGAGGCGUAAAAGUACUGGGUAUGCGUUGGCUUCCCAGCAAUGAUGAGUUUACGUACGACAUUAUACUUGGUGAGCGUGUGAUGACGAAGAGGAGUCUGUUGUCGACCAUCGCCCGCUUGUUUGAUCCGUUGGGUUUGGUGGCUCCAGUGAUCUUCUAUGCCAAAAGUAUAAUGCAAGAAGUGUGGAAAUACGAUCUACAAUGGGACUCUUCCUUGCCAUCUAGUAUCAUGGAGCGUUGGACAAUGUUCCUUGACGAAUUGGAAGACUUGAAAACCAUUCGAAUUCCGCGAGUUAUUUGUAGUCCCUCGCCAAAGCAGGUAACUUUGUGCGGAUUUUGUGAUGCGUCCACAAAGGGCUACGCAGCUUUAGUGUAUCUGCAUUCAGUUGAUGAUACUGGUAAUAUAAAUGUUCGGUUAAUAGGUAGCAAAACUAAGCUAUCCCCAAUGAAGCCUACCACAGUACCGCGGUUAGAGUUGUGCGCGGCGGUUUUGUUAUCCAAGUGGUUGUCGCGUAUUCAUAAAUUAUUAUCAUCGCAUAUGAACAUUGAUACACUGUACGCGUGGUCAGAUUCAACGGUCGUAUUGUCAUGGAUUAACUUACCACAGGUUUCAUUUAAAAUAUUCGUGUCCAACCGAGUCAAGCAAAUUCGUGAUUUGUUACCCAAUUGUGAAUGGCGUUAUGUACCUACCUCUAUUAAUCCGGCCGAUUGUGCAUCCAGGGGUGUAUUGCCCUCAAAAUUAAAAUCUUCAGUAUUGUAUUGGAACGGCCCAGAUUUUUUGAAGAACGAACCACGGGUUUGGCCGUCGUCUAUUCCUGUUAUGUCAGCGUCUGAACUGCCAGAGGUCAAAACUAAUGCAGUCACGUUAGCGAUCGUUGAAAACUCAGAGGUUGAAUGGUUUCACCGAUUUUCAUCUUAUACGCGUUUGAUUCGAGUUGGAGUGUUAUUGCGUCGUUUUAUGUCCAAAAGUCGCGGGAGGACUUCUGCGUCGAACUCUUGGCCUCAGAAUGAGUUAACAGCAUCCUUGUACGCUAUUGUAAUGCACACACAAAAGAUAAGUUUUUCUGCGUUAAAAUUGGAGUUGGAAGGAGGACGACGAGUAUCAUCAAGGUUGUAUGCGAGACUUGCACCUUUUAUAGAUUCACUGGGACUUAUUCGAGUCGGAGGCCGUAUUAAACAUGCGUCACUCGAUACCAAUCAAAAACACCCAUUGUUGUUGUCUAGUCAGUCCCAUUUAGCUUUGUUACUGUUCCGGUACUGGCAUAUUGUAGGUUGUCACUCCGGACCAAAAUUUAUGAUGAAUAUGGUGGCCCGCCAGUUCUGGAUAAUUUCUGCACGGAAGGUUGCAAGAAGAGUAAUUAAAGAGUGCGUGAAAUGUGUUCGAUUCGCCGCUGUAAAUCCCCAACCUAUGAUGGCUCAAUUACCGGCGGUUCGAGUUCAAGCUAGCCGUCCGUUUUCAAAUGUGGGAAUUGAUUAUGCUGGAGCAUUUGCCAUGAAAGAGCAGCGACUUAGAAAAUCACGGGAGUACAAAGUUUAUGUGGCCGUUUUCGUGUGUAUGACCACCAAGGCGGUCCAUUUGGAAGUAGUGUCGGAUCUAUCCACCCCCGCAUUCUUAGCGACAUUAGACCGUUUCGUUAGUAGAAGGGGACUACCAUCACAAAUCUAUACGGACUGCGGAACCAAUUUUGUUGGAGCAGAUAGAAUGUUGCGCCAGUUUGUAAACAACCCCGACAUUCGUAAUAAUUGGAGUGCUGCCAUACCUUGUAUGUGGAACUUUAAUCCCCCAAAUGCCCCUCACUUUGGAGGCCUUUGGGAAGCCGCGGUGAAAUCUAUGAAGGCACUUCUAUAUCGGACUAUGGGAUCGCACUUGUUCACUCUGGAAGAGUUCGUCACUAUUAUUACCCGCGUUGAGGCUGUGUUAAACUCGAGACCGCUGACCCCAAUGAGUGAUGACCCAAACGACACAACGUGUUUAACUCCUGGUCAUUUUCUCAUAGGUCAACCACUUUUAGCUCCACCAGAGGAGUUAGUCCCUGAAACUCAACGCACGAUCACUCAACGAUGGAAGUUGCUCAAGCAAUGCCAUCAAGCAUUUUGGAAAAGAUGGACCGUUGAGUAUUUGAAUUGUCUUCAAAUUCGGAGCCGAUGGACUAGAGGGGAUCGAAAUUUGAAGGUCGGUGAUUUAGUGAUCAUUAAGGAAGAUCAUGCACCUCCGUUAAGAUGGCAUCUCGGUCGCGUUGAAAGGGUAUUUCCCGGUGAUGAUGGUGUGGUGCGGGUCGUCCAGUUGAACACCAUCAAUGGAUGGAUAAAUCGCCCAGUGGUGAAAUUGGUGCCUUUGCUGUCAUCUUAG